AUGCAAUCCCUUCAAGAGUGCAUUUGCAACGUCGUGCAACAAGUAGCUGUUGUGAGAGGAGUUCCUGUCGAAGAGCAGAGCCAUAUUCAAGCCUUUUGUGCCGAAGAGUAUUGCAACGAUUCCCAAGCAAAGCAUUAUGAGUUCCUUGGCCAAGGCGUUCUUUAUUAUGCUGUGAGUGAAGGUCUUGUACAAGCGUAUGGCGAGCACUGCCAAGGUGACAUACUUGAACAAAUGCGACGGCUGUUGUUUGCCAACCAUGGUGCUCUCUUCCACGUUAUUGCGCAAAGAUAUCAUCUAUCCGGCACCGAGGAUAUAUCACUCAAACGGAUUGUGGAUCGGCUAUUGGGGGUGAUCGCCCACAGCCAACUUGGACCAUGGGGUGUCACGACCAUCGUAUCAACGGCUCUUCAAGAACAAGGAUCUGCAUUGUUGAAACAGCUUCCUCGUAAAGUACGCACUUCACUUGGUCUACUUCCACCUACCGAUGAUGGCGUCUUGACACCCAUUGAUACAACCAAUAUUCCAAAGCAUCAACGGCCCAUCAAAACACCACGACGUCAUAGUGCUCAAAAGCAAACAGUGAAUGAGGUCUUUGCAUUCUUGAUUCGGGAAGGCGAAUACAAUCAGAGUUUUAUGGAGCGUGAACUACCAGGCCGCGCCAAAGAGUGGGGAUGUCAGAUCAUAUACCGAUUGACGAAAGGAUCACCUUGGUUUUCCCAUUCUCGCUAUGCAAGCAACAAGAAAGGUGCACGUAGUUUGGUCGUCCAUGAUAUCCUUCAGUACUAUGAAAAGCGACCUGAUCACAAAGCAAGUCAUCAAGAAGCGAUGCCCGAGGAAAUAGAUCCAACAUUGGCUACGACUCCAACGGUGCUUGUCAUUGAUGAAAGUGAAUAUUACCAUGAACCAACAGCAGUAUCCACGCCACCGCCAUCGAUAGAGUGGUAUAAUCCGAUCCCUGGUGACCCAUCAUUGUGUGCCAUUCACAUUCCCGAGAAGAGGCCUACGGAUGAUAUGGAUAUGGAUGAAUACGAUGCACGUAUGAUGGAGGUGCUCUUGGAUGGCUUUCCAAAAAUGACCAUGGAACAAAGGCAACAAGAGGAGCAACGACGACGACAGCGACUACAACAACAGCAGCAACAACAACAAGAAAAUAAACGCAUGCGAUCAUCACCACCCACCUCCAACGAAAUGCGAGUACCUCCUACACCUCCUGUUGUGGCUGCGCAAUUGACAGAUGAUGAUGGUCAACCUCGGCCAUCGAUCGAUAUCAUACGCGACAUUGUUGACAUCAACCGCAUCCAUAAGAUCCUCAACGAUCCAGUGCAAGCUUCAAACCCGAAAACAGGAUUCUUAUCACUUUUACAACCACUCAAGGAUGCUCUGGAUUACAAGUUUGAUUACGUAUCUUCAGGGCCACCUCACAACAAGAUAUUCAUUGGAACCUGCUCUCUGAUUUGUGGUGAGCAUUCUGUAUCAUCUGGUGGACAAGGUGCAAAGAAACGUGACGCUGAACAAGCAGCUCUCUUGAACCUUUUGCGAACAUUGGCCAAUAUUGCAUGA